UGGCAGGCGUACGAGCUUUCCACGCUGACAGGCACCCAAGUUCUGCUGCUGGUGGCCAGUGAGACAGGCCACGUGUAUACCUUUGCUACACGGAAGCUGCAGCCCAUGAUCACCAGUGAGACGGGGAAAGCACUGAUUCAGACGUGUCUCAACUCCCCGGACUCGCCACCGCGCUCAGAUCCCACCACUGACCAACGCAUGAGCGCCACAGGCUUUGAGGAGACGGACCUUACCUACCAGGUGUCGGAGUCGGACAGCAGUGGGGAGACCAAGGACACGCUGAAGCCAGCAUUCACAGUCACCAACCUGCCAGGGACGACAUCCACCAUCCAGACAGCCCCAACCACAUCGACCUCCAUGCAGGUCAGCAGUGGCCCCUCGUUUCCCAUCACUAAUUACCUGGCGCCUGUAUCUGCCAGCCUCAGCCCCAAUGCUGUCACCAGUGCCAAUGGAACAGUGCUGAAGACUACUGGAGCCAGCGCAGUGACAUCAGGGGGCCUCAUGCAGAUACCAACCGGCUUCACCCUCAUGUCAGGUGCUUCCCUUCCUCCGGGGACCCCUACCAUUCCUCUCACUCAGUUACAGCCGCACUCCCUGGCUCUUUCCAGUCAGCAGCAGGGCCAGGCGAUUGCGGGUACGGCUGGACAGCUGCAGCAGGCACAGCAGACAGUCUUCCGCUUCCCUGCCAGAGCUGGAGGGCAGAUCGUGUCGCUGACAGGUGGUACUAUGGCUCAGCAGGUCCCAGUCCAAGCGAUACAGGUGCACCAGGCACCGCAGCAGAUGUCCCCUUCCAGUGACAGCAGCACUGAUCUUACUCAGACCUCUUCUAGCGGAACAGUGACCCUCCCAGCAACCAUCAUGACGUCGUCCGUGCCAACCACGGUGGGUGGUCACAUGAUGUACCCCAGUCCACACGCGGUGAUGUACGCGCCCACGUCUGGCCUUGCGGAUGGUGGGCUUGCAGUCCUCAACGCUUUCUCGCAGGCGCCCUCAGCCAUGCAGGUGUCCCACAGCCAGGAUCAGGCAGGUGGCGUUCCCCAGGUGUUCCUGACGGCUCCCUCAGGCACUGUUCAGAUCCCAGUCUCAGCUGUGCAGCUUCACCAGAUGGCUGUCAUCGGGCAGCAGAGCAGCAGUGGCAGUAGCCUGACGGAGCUGCAGGUGGUCAACUUGGACACCUCACAUGGCACCAAGAGUGAGUGAGGCCUCUGCUGCUGGCCUUGUGCUGUCCCUGGCCUGUCACACCGGUGCCAGCAGCAAUUUCUUCUCGUACAGACUGCACCAGUUAUUUAUUGUUGCCUUUUCACGUUUCCUUCACCUACACAUGCACACACACACGCACGCACACAUCCCCCAGCCCUCCCCAAACACAUGGGCCACAUGUGUGGGGCUGCUGGACCCACACCAAGGGUGGAGCCGUGCUGGGGCCAGGCUUGGGGGGGCGUCUGGAUGCUGCGAUAGCCGCGCUAGUCUCACGCCAGCCAAAGAAACUUGUCCCUCAUGAGUAGGGCGUGCUCUGCGCUGUAAAUAAAUCCCGCGGGCCAUUCCCACUUGGAGUCUUUGGCAUCCUUCAGGAUGCUCCAAGUUGCCUCGGGCCCAUGUCUGUCCCGCAGGCUGCAGCCCAAAGUGGCAUGGGCUAAGGCUGUGCUGCUGGCCUCAGCAAUGUGCCUUUGGGAGGGGUGACAYGUCCUGGCUGCAGCAGCUCAUUUGGGAAAGGGUGCUCAGCUCUGCUGUGCAUGGCAGGCUCAGCCCGUGCGUGCUCCCCCUGGACAGAGGUGGGGGGCUCCUCAGGCAGGUGCUACCUGCAGCCUGGGGCCUCAUUGCCCUUGUAUGCACUACAGCGAGCCUCAGCCCUCGGUGCCUCCUUGGUGGGCUGCCCAGCAGGGGCACAGCCAACCGCUCUGCCGUCCUUGCACCGCCAGAGCGGUGCCCAGUACCACGAGGAUUCCCCAGAGACCUUUGGUUGCACUCUGCAGCCAGCCCAGCCCCACGCUCUUGUCUUGACCCACACUGCGAGCAGCGUAGUCUACGUUAUAUCUGGCGGGGGGGGAUGCAUCUGAGCAUCACCCGCAUUCCCCUGCAGUUCUGGCCAGCGCUUCCUAAAUUUCCGUCUGAUAAAAGGUGGAGAAGCAACCCAAGUGUCAUAAAGAAGAGCCCACGGGGCACCAAGCCGCUGGGAAGGUGGCAGUGCUUCCUCUGGUCACUGCGGGGGCCGCUGGCCUUCCGGGGCUGUGGAGGGGCAGUUGCAACACCUUGGGUAGGCACAGCACGGCAGGGCUAGGGGAAGAGGGAUGGGAGCGUGCCUGCUCCAACAGGGAAGUUGCUGCAAGUGGCUCUGCUACCUAGCCCUGUCCCUGGAGGGAGAGUGAUCAAGUGAGAGAAGCUGCUGAAUCCUUAGGGGAAAGAGCAGCUACUGUAACUUUUUUUUAAGUUAAAGACAAAAGAAGCCUUGAAAAAAAAAAAGACUUUAUUUUUCUAAGUGUUAAACUCAGUAUUUAUGUAAUUCUUUAAGGAAUAAAAGUUUGGCUCCUGUACAGUUUUCAUGGGGUUUGUACUGUUGGGAGGGGAGAGGGGUGGGUGGGCGGGUGUGGAGACAGGAAAGGGCCUUGUUUUUGAGUUUGUAUUGUAACCUUGAAUAAUGUUCCUUCAGCAUUAGCGUUUAAGCUGCGCUCUCUGCCCACCAGCAUGUGCCAGGGACCGAGGUAGAUGUUUGCUUUCCUCUUCCCUGUGCUGAGGGCUCGUACACAUACCUGAGACGUCAGGAUGAAUGGGUGGGAGGUGAGUGAAGCUGAAGCAGGUAGCCUGCUCUUUUUAGAAUGAGGGGCUCGCAGAGUGCCUGGUGGCCCCAUCCGUCCCCGUCUUGGGGAAUGUUGCAUGUUCCGGUCUGCAGCAGUGUUGUUCACAGCUGCCUAUGGGGCUGUGGGCACCCCUGCUUCUCUCUGGGCUCUGUGGGGCUGAUCCCUAUUCCCUGUAUGCUCCUCAUGCAGGUAACCUCUCCUGCUGGGGCUAUUCUUUCAUAAAAGGACAAGGCCUUUCCUAGUGCCCCAUGCCAAGGCAGUUUCCAGAAUAGUCCGUGAGCCUUGGGCUGCCAUGUGGCCUGACCAGUGAUGAUGACACCAUGUGCUGCCUCCCUUUUAUAGCGUUGCUCACGUCCUUACUCAUGCCUCGUGUCCUGCAGCGGGGASCAAGGGCUUGCUGUGUGAUGCCCCAAGCCGGUCUGAGCUGCAUGGGAGCUGCUCAAUGACACCUCCAAAGGAGAGACAGAGAGAGGAGAAGAGGGGAGGAAAACAAACAAAAAGGCAGGAGGUGGCUACGUAGGAGUUUACCCAGGGAGAAAACAGGAUUUGAGUUUGUGCUAUACUUUCUAUCAGCAGAUUGAGAUGACCUAACUUUGCUUUGCCUUUGCUAGCACAGUGGAGUAGGGCUGCUGGGCCGGAAUGGCAGGGGCAGCCCUGCUGUUAUGUGAUGUUGUGCGGUCUCUCCCCUCUGGCUCCCAAAAGGUAACUGCUGGUUAAACGCUAAUGGUGUAUUUUAUUUAAGUGCAGACUUGUAAGAACACUUGUUUAUCAGGGACGAAAUUACAUUUAUUGUGUGGUAACAUUUUUAGUUCAUUUUACUGGUUUGG